UUGACUGCUGUGGCGGACGUGAGGGAGGAGGGACUCGGCUAAUUGACGGAGCCAAGUUUCUGCUCGCUGGUGCCAACGCCCGGCGAAAACAUCCAACUUAUCAAGUACAAACACGGAGCUAACGUAAUUGUCAGCAGCAGCUCGAAAGCACAGCGAUGCAGACCAUCAAGUGUGUUGUGGUGGGUGAUGGAGCAGUGGGAAAGACCUGCUUAUUGAUUUCCUACACCACCAACAAGUUCCCGUCUGAAUAUGUACCAACAGUGUUUGACAACUAUGCAGUAACUGUAAUGAUCGGGGGUGAACCAUACACCCUGGGCUUAUUUGAUACAGCAGGUCAGGAGGAUUACGACAGGUUACGACCACUAAGCUACCCUCAGACCGAUGUCUUCCUAGUGUGUUUCUCCGUAGUUUCUCCUUCCUCAUUUGAGAACGUUAAAGAAAAGUGGGUUCCUGAAAUCACCCACCAUUGUCCCAAGACGCCAUUCCUGUUGGUGGGCACUCAGAUCGACCUCCGCGAUGACCCCUCCACGGUGGAGAAGUUGGCUAAGAACAAGCAGAAGCCAAUCACCCCUGAGACAGCAGAAAAGCUGGCUCGAGACCUUAAGGCAGUGAAAUAUGUCGAGUGCUCAGCCCUAACUCAGCGGGGACUGAAGAACGUAUUUGACGAGGCUAUCCUAGCCGCUUUAGAGCCCCCCGAAACUCAGAGAAAGAGAAAAUGCUGCUUGUUCUGAUGUCUUCUUGAUUCUUGCUUUGCCUCUUGAUUGUCUGCUGCUUUUCCAUUGUAAAGAAACGUCUCUCACUGAAGUAACCACAAACUCUUUUGAAGUUUAAAUCUCUGUGCCCAUCGACUUUUAGUUUCUUCCGUUCGUGUGUGUGUGCGUGCUCUCUUUUCAACUUGGCCUAAUCACAGUUACUCACGCUGCCUAAGACGAUACGAGUGCCAAUCUUUCAGUCUCCUUUUCAUCCAUCUGUAACGAGACAUAACUAAGAUUUUUUUUUUCUUUUUUUUUAAAAGCACAUCCUGUUCUCUCAAUAUUCAGCUCACCUGUUAUAUUCUAGAAAUCGAUUGAAGCCGUUUUCUGUCUUGGACUGUGAUGGUUUUUCCUCUACCGUCACAUCAAAAAUUUUCCACUGACUUUUGUCUUUGCUUGGACAGUUUGAUCAUAAGGGAGAUUAUUGGUUAAUGUUUGAAUAAAGGAAGAUCUUGAUUGCCUCGCUCAGUUUCUACUCGCCGUUCUUUUUCUCUCGUACAGUUCAGUCGAUAUCAGUUUGCACUUGGGGGUAGCUUUGUUUUGAAUAACCGCAUUUUGUUUCCACAGAAAGGAUUAAAGAAUGUGUUUGAUGAGGCAAUACUGGCUGCCCUGGAGCCUCCCGAACCUAAGAAAAGGCGUAAAUGCGUUCUGCUCUAAGAAGCCCCGCCCCUUCCUUCACACCGUUGUCCAAAACUAGGUUAACAGUACUGAUACGGUUUUCUGCACAAGCACAUUCCACCAUUAGUUGAGAUGUCACUGACUUAACCUAAAAACAUAUUUAAUGUGAUAAAUGAUUUUUUUUUUUUUUUUUUUACUUGAGUUGUCCCCCUUAUGCUGUGCUGGAAAAUUAAAUGCCACUGAUGUUUGGAAACUAUUAUGAACUCUUGACAAGUUAAACCAACGACAAACUGAAGAGGACACUUUGGAAUAACGUGUCAGUUUGACAUCACAGUUUUUUUUUAAUGGAAAUUUUGCAGAAUACAGAUUAAAGGCUUGUUUUCUCCACAUAGUGUCACGAAAUUGGGAUGCCUUUCAUUGUUUUUGUAUUUCUUUGAAAAUAUGACUCAAGCCAUGUUUGAAAACUGCAACAUACUCCUAUCACCAGCUUUUACAUUAGCAAUAAUAAUCCUUCUUUUGUGUCUCUGAGAUUUAAAAUGUCUUUUAAUCAUUCCAACACGGCCUUUAGGGAGAUCUAAGGAGAACCUGCAAUGCAUGAGAUUUCUAGGUAAUGCUCCAUCUUUGCCCUAGUUUUCCAAGAGAGAGCCUGAUAAAUGAUGCUUGACAUGAGAGGCAGGAAAUGCAUUUUAGGACUUUAAACACUUUUAGAAACAUUCAUUUGGAAACGCAUCGCCUCAGAGGUUUUUCGCAGCAUUUGGGUCAACCUCGAAAACUAUCCGUUGUAAAGACUUAGAUUCUCUCUUAACUCUACUGGCUGAAGUUUUAAACCCUGAUCAGUUGAUCAACAUGCCUGCAUCCUGGUAACAGCUCGAUGUUAAAUGACUGAACCAAUGACAUGUUUUUUUUUUUUUUUUUUUUUUUUUCUUUCCAUGCCGAAUUUGUAAGGUGAAGUGUUGAAGUGACUUGUAAAUAUAGUAUGAAUAACUUAUUUACUGAAUGAGACUGUGCAUUGCUCGUGAGGUUUUGAGAAGCUGAGAUGGCGCCGAAGUCAAAUUAACCUGAAAAAAAAAUGUCUUUUAUUGUAUUCAACUUGACAAAAGUUGUACUGUAUCUUGCUUGUGAUAAAAAAAAAAAAGCACAACAAUAAACCAGUAUUAUGAUUAA